AUGACAUUUGUCUUACCCACAGAUAAAGAGGCCGACUUCUAUGGUCUCUUCCAAGACUUGGAGGCACAAGUUCAAUCCCUUGGUAUUGUCAGUUAUGGUAUAUCGGACCCACAUUUGGAAGAGAAAGGAGACAAAUGCCCUGCAAAUGGUAACUCUAAGGAUGAAUGGAAACAUGACUUUGAAAGCUCAGCGUCCAGUGGAAGUAGGACAAAUUUAGCCAACAAUUCUUCAAGAUCAGGCGGUGGAAUGUUCGCACUUUUAACGAAACGUUUUCAUCACUAUCGUCGAGAUUGGCGUAUUGUUAUUUCCACAUUGAUAUUGCCUCUACUGUUGUUCUUGCUUGCAUCGGGACUGUACAAAGUGAAACCGGACUCAACGUCUGCUCCGAGCCGACUUCUCUCUCCUGCCAUGUACGGACCAGAUAUGUACACUUUCAUGCAACAAAAUUCUACACGAUUUACUCUUGGUGACGAAGUAUUGGAAACGUUUAUGGUAGACCCAGGAAUUGGAACAUCAUGUAUGGCUGAUGUAAAUCUUGGAUAUCUUAUUAAAUGUUACACCUGCAUCAAAUUUCUGUACCUCCCAAUAAUUGCAUCAGCAGACGGUCGGUCUCCUUUUUGGGGUGCACCCCCACCACAGCGAGUAACCACGACAACAGAAAUACUACAGAAUUUGAACAAUAGAGAUCUUAACAAAUACUUACUUGACAGUUUCCCUGAAUUUAUUGGCAAAAGAUAUGGUGGAUGGUCAUUUGAAGAUGAAAGCAAAGAGGCAAAUGCAAACCUAAAGGCCAAAAUCUGGUAUAAUAACAAGGGAUAUCAUGCACUGCCGUCAUUCUUUAAUGCGUAUAGUAACGGCCUGCUGAGAGCUCUAGUAAAUGAUGAAUCAGAGGCCCCAAAAUAUGGAAUCAGUGCAUACAAUCAUCCAUUUAUGUUUGGUAGAGAGCGUCUGUCGAAAACUUCCAUAUUACAACAUGCGGCUGACAUGGGUAUUGCAGUGAUUAUUCUGGUUGCAUUUACAUUCAUUCCGGUCGGAGUGUUAUUGUACUCGGUUAAUGAAAAUAUCAACAAGGAGAAACACAUGCAGUUUAUAGGAGGUAUCAGCUCGUUCACAUACUGGAUGUCGUCAUUAAUAUGGGACUUGCUUGUGCUCGGAGUUGCUGUUGGAUUUUCAGUGAUUAUUCUACUAAUUUUCAAACCAGGCUCAUUCUGGGACAAACAGAAUCUUGAAGCAACUGUAUGCCUGUUACUAUUGUAUGGAUGGGCGACCAUUACGUUUGCAUACUUUCUUGUGAAGCGAUUCCAGAAUUCCGGAACAGCUUUCUUCACGGUUUUCUGUAGCCUUUUGUUUGUGGGAAUUUUCUGUAUUCUUAUGGUAUUCUCCUUCAACUAUUUUACAUCUGGAAGUGAUAACAAGAGAAUGAAGGAUGCAUAUGAUGCAAUGAGAUACGUCUUCCUGGUUUUCCCGCCAUAUGCCCUCGGUGGCGGCCUCCUUGACUUGAUUGAUAACCAAAUCAAAACUGUCAUAUAUGCGAGAUUUAAUACAGAUGUAUAUGAGAAUCCCUUCACCUUUGAUAUGAUUGGUUGGCACAUGUUCGCAAUGGGGGUAGAAGGUUGCAUCUUUUUCAUACUGACCAUCUGGUUGGACAUGAGGUUUUGCUGUAAGAGGACAUAUGAGUGUAGUGUAAAGGAGAGUAACAGUGAAGACUAUGAUGUCACAGCUGAGAGGCGGAGAAUUGAUACCGGAGAUUGUCGGUCAGAUGCUGUGGUGGUCAGGAAUCUUCACAAGAUCUACAGUGAAAGUAGUAAGGAAGUCCAUGCUGUUAACGGCUUAAGCUUUGGUGUUCCAUCUGGGCAGUGCUUUGGUUUAUUGGGUGUAAAUGGAGCUGGUAAAACAAGUACAUUUAACGUUCUUACAGGUGUUUCAAACUCAUCAUAUGGUCAUUGUUAUAUUCUCGGACACAGAAUUGAACCAGGGUCAUCAACAGUUGGACAAAAUAUGGGAUAUUGUCCACAGGUGGAUGCUCUUGACCCCUAUCUUAGCAUAACAAACACACUGAACUUCCAUGCUAGCUUGAAGGGUAUAGAUGGCACGGCCAGAAAACAGGCCCUAGAUAAAGUGAUGAGUAAACUAGACCUGCAUAAGAUAAAGAACAAGUUAGUGAAAUCAUGUAGUGGAGGUAUGAAGAGGAAAUUGUCCCUAGCUGUGGCCCUGCUUGGAGAUCCAGCUGUUGUUUUACUAGAUGAGCCAACAAGUGGUAUGGAUCCUAAAGCCAAACGUCUUGUGUGGAAUUGUUUACUAGAAGCCAAAAAGAAUGGACAGGCAAUAAUUCUGACCUCACACAGUUUGGAAGAGUGUGAUAUCUUAUGUGAUCGUAUUGGAAUCAUGGUGAAUGGAGAAUUCAAAUGUCUUGGUACAUCACAACAUCUUAAACAAAAAUAUGGAGAUGGUUAUACAGUGACAUUAUAUGUAUCCGGUCUCUCAGAUACAUUGUCAAGAAUAAAUGAACUAAUACAAAAAUACUUCCCCAGAGCCUCUGUCACUGAUCAACAUGUGAAUGUUGUACAACUAGAUAUUCCAAGAGAAUCAUUGAAUAUAGCCGACAUGUUUGGAAUUCUGGAGAGAGAGAAAGCUAACCUCAAUAUCCUGUAUUAUACAGUGUCACAAACCACACUAGACACAAUUUUCUUGAAUUUUGCGCGGGAGCAGACAGACGGUGCUACAGUUGAAAUGUUGGACACGAAUUCCACAAGCAGUGAUAGAGACAGUUAUAAUGAUAGUUCUGUCAGUGGUGGACAGUUUACAAAUCCAAGCUAUGGUUACGUAAAACCCACACUAACCCUUACCGAUGACAAAGGCAAAGGGAGAUCAUCAGUAGCAUACGACAACCCAUACGCACUUCCGGCGAAGAACACAUUUAAUGAUGAUGAUGACGAUGAAGGUUCCUACUCAACAAGAUUGUAAAAUGUAUAAUUUUUUACAGACAUUUGAUUUAUACAGAUAAUAGAGCGCAACACUUGCGAGGAUCAUCAAUUCUCCAUUCAAUUAUGGAGAUUAUAUUAAGCAUUUCCUCAAAAAAUGUUGGACUAUUUUAAUGUGUAUUCAAGUGUACUGUUGAGCAGUACUAUUCAUGUCAGAUGUACAUUGUCUAUUGUAUAUAGUUUGUUGAAAUCCAACUUGAAUUAGAAUAUGACCAUUUUAAACAAUGCAAUUCUUUUUCUCAUUUUUUUAUUCAGAUGUGUAGUUUUAUGUACUGGAAAGCCUAUAAAAAGCAUAUGUGUAGUUAAGCUUCUUGAUGUACUCAAUUUACAAGCUGUAAUUACGUAGACCUUUUUUAAAAUAUUUUUUUAUAUACAGUAGCAAAGGAGAAGGAGAAACUUUGUGGGUUUCUUUUAAGAUUUUAAAUGUAAUUAUUGAAUAAAUCAUCUCUUCUUUUAAGAUUUUAAAUGUAAUUAUUGAAUAAAUCAUCUCCGGGACAUCACCGGGACAGAAAACUUAUAUCCGGGACAAUCCCGGGCGUUAUGGCAUGUAUGAAUUGUAAUCCAAGUUUUGAUGUGGUAAAUCUCUCAUGUGGUUUAAUGGGCUUUCAGUACUUGCUAUUUUACUCAAUGCAAUUAAAAUGCAAUUUUGUUUUCAUAUUUUUAUUUUACAUGCUCAGUUCAAAAUACUCUAUAGACUUGCAAUAGAUAUCACGUUUGUAUACAUAUCACUUAUUUUAUUCCUUUAAUUUUUUUUACAAUUGGUAUAUCAAUUAGACAUUUAAUGUCAGGCCGUCUUUAAUUUAAUAUAUAAAUAAGUAUACUCAUACAACCUACAGUUUAUAUGCUUUGAAGGUUAAGCGGGUUUUCCUAUUUUUAGAAACUUUUGAAUUGACAAGAAAAAAUAUAUACAGAUGUUUACAGACCAGUCUUUUAAACUUACAUUCUUAUAGAACUAGUCAUGUAAUUUUGUUACUUUCUUGUUGUUUUUUUUAUUAAUAAACGUCUUUUGUAAAUAUAUAUACAAUCAGAGAAAAUAUAUUUUAGCAAAUAAAAUCUUUUCUAA